UAAGUCACAUAACAGUGUAACAUACAUAACCCUCUUAACUCUUAACUUUCCUCACUGCCGCAAAACCCAAAACCCUUUCUUUCUCUUUCUCUUCACCACAAUGCAUCUCCCCCGCACACUUCUCCGCCCCUUCCUCCACCGCCGCCACUUCUCCGCCAUCGCAACCGCCUUAAUCCACACUCCAGAGCCAGACCACAUACUACAACCCCUAACCUACCUCGACGGCUUUCCAAAACCUAACCCAAAGUACGACGAAACCAUCCUCGCCAUUCCCCGCAAAGAUUCCGGCAAAAAUAUCUCCGCCAAGGAACGUAAAGUCGGCCGCGUUCCGAGCAUCGUCUUCGAACAGGAAGACGGUCACCUCGGUGGUAACAAACGCCUCAUUUCCGUUCGCUCCGAUCAGAUCAGGAAACUCGUUAACCAUCUCGGCCGUUCCUUCUUCCUCUCUCGCCUCUUCCAUCUUCAAGUUCUUCACCAAUUCGAUUCUGAUUCAAACCCUAAUGAUGAAGAUAUCAUCGAAAACGUUCGCGUUUUACCUCGCAGUAUUCAUUUGAAAGCUGGAACAGAUGCACCUUUGAAUGUUACAUUUAUAAGGGCUCCUUCAGAUGCUUGGUUGAAAGUUGACGUUCCUAUUGUAUUCAGAGGAGAUGAUAUAUCUCCUGGACUCAAGAAAGGUGCUUCUUUGAAUACUAUCAAAAGGACUGUUAAGUAUCUAUGCCCUGCAGACAUUAUUCCCCCGUAUAUUGACGUGGAUUUAAGUGAGUUGGAUGUGGGCCAGAAGGUGCUCAUGGGUGAUCUCAAUGUUCAUCCUGCAUUAAAACUUCUUCACCCAAAAGAUGAAGCUGUUUGUAAAAUUAUGGGCCAAAGGGUUUCUGAAACACAACCAAAGAAAACCAAGUAACUACUUAUUGUAUCUUUGGUGGUUGCUAUUGCUGCACUGAAGCAUAUUUUUUUUAACUCACAUGUAACAUUUGCAGCCAUCUUAUUAGUUGAUUUUUGGCAGCAGUGAAGUGAUUUGUAGUAAUGUCUAGUUUUGUUCACAAUAACUGUUUUGCAUUUGACAUUCGUGUCAUGUAAUUUACAUUGCUAAGCCUGAGUUACACAAAGCUCUACAUAAGUUAUGUUACGAAAUGUCUCUACCAACCUUGUAUGUUUAUCGGAUAUGUUCUUUUACAGCUUAGAAAAUAAGCAGAAGCAAAUUUAACUUAAGAGAUA